ACACUGUUCUAUGUGACGUUUUUCAUCCUGAUUGUGAUUAUGUCCUACAACAACAGAGACAAGCGCUCGUUUAGUCUCAAGCUAAGCAUUUCUAACUGCCUAGAUGGCAGCGGGAGUUUCAAUAAGAUAAUGCAACCAGCACACGUGUGGUCAUGGGCGCAGAACUCCCUGGUGUCCUUUCUAUAUCCCGAUUUCAACAGCAGUGGGAUGCAAGUGGACGGAGGAGACAAGCUUCUGUCAGACAUGGUGUCUUACAGAAUAGGACCCACCAGGUUCCGCCAGCACAGGGCAAGGGAUGAGACGUGCUCACUUCACAGUGUGAUGAAACAGUUAGCCGUUCGGUGCUCGCCACCCUGGUCAGCAGCAGGCAGAGAUUGGGAAGAUUAUGGCACAAACUGGACCACAGACUUUCGGAAGACUGACCAAACGCAGGAGGUGGAGAAGAUCCCUGAGGCUUGUAGAACACAGGGGGCUGGCAAGAAACCGGAGGCUGACCACAAGCAAGGAUCUUCUAAUGCAGCUCACACAGAUGAUAUGCAUGACUCGGCUUGGAUCUAUCGCACCUGGUCUGACAUAGGUGGCCUGCCAAUCACCGGCAACUUAGGCUUAUACCCGCCUGGAGGAUAUGUCGUUGAUUUCGAUGGCAGCAACUGGGUAGAUAACAGAACCAGGAUUGUGCUUGUAGAACUAACUUUAUACUCACCAAACGUCAACAUGUUUGCCAAGAUCACUGCAGUGUUUGAGUUUCCGCAAGCAGAGGUUGUCAUGGGAUAUCUUCACAUUCAUCCUUUCAGAUUAUUUAUUUACCUCGGCAACUUUCCCAUCUUACACAUGAUCUUUGACUACCUCGUCUACGCCGUGACUGUGUGGUUUGUACUCAGACAAGCAGACAAACUGUGCCAUGAACGUCUUCAGUUUUUUAAGAAGUUCUGGAACAUCAUAGAACUGAUCAACCUCCUUUGCUCUGUCAGUGCAGUUAUUCUGCAUGUUGGUCGAUAUAUAAUCAGCGAAGAUGUGUCCAAAGAAGCUUUCAAAACUACAGGACAGUUCUACAACUUCCAGACGCUGGCCAUUUGGGAUGAACUCUUUGGUUUCCUGGUAGCAUUCCGAAUGUCGGUGCUGGGUGCUACUAUGAUGAGAUCAGCUCGGGACCUUCUGUCAUUCAUGCUGGUCUUCAUUGUAAUGCUGUUUGCUUUCUUGUGCUUCAGUUAUGUUACAUUUGGAACCUUCAUGAAAUCCUACAGAACGACAGUGGACGCCUUUGAAUCCCUGCUACUUUUAAGCUUAGGAAAGCUGGAAUAUCAGCUGAUGAAUGACGUCAGCCGUGUCCUGACCCCAGCCUUCAUCUUUCUGUACACGUUGUUCAUUGUGUUCAUCCUUCUGAACAUGCUUGUGUCUAUCCUAAUGGACUCGUUCGCUCAAGUCAGGGAAGACAUCAACAACCAGCCGAGCGAUUACGAGCUUAUCGAAUACAUCGUCUCUGCAACGACUUUCUACAUGUGGAGAUAUGGUCCUUUUCGUGCUGUCUGGGCCGCUGUGCGCAAGGCUGGCCUCA